AUGGAGGAACCGCGGGAAGUGAAGAGUGGACCAACGAAACACUCAUCCGACACAGGGCAGACCGAGGGCGAAUCAAUACAACGGCCAACCGUUGGUAGGAUGGUAGUAAUCUGUCGCAUUUGUCUUUCCACCCGUCCGCGGAUGAUAUCCAUUCACAGUCCGGUUCCAGAGUACGAUCAGAAGACACUGUACGCCAUGCUACUAUCCGUCUGUCUACCACUGAACCAACGCGAAACGGUACAGGGCUUUCCGGAGCAAAUUUGCCGUAACUGCCAAUGGAAGCUGCUAACGGCGUACGAUCUGUACGAAACAACCCUGGCUAGUGAUGAACAGCUGAGAGCUCAGCAACAAUCGGGAACAGUCGCAAAGGUACCAAAGAUUCCGCCAACCAGCGAGGUGAUAAAACCGGAAAGUGUAGUACCGAUGGCACCGAACGUGGGUAACGAUGGUGUUAUCCGUGUGAAGGAAGAAACUCCCGACGAUGGGUACGAGGAACAGUACGGAACGGGUAGUAGAACCGAAGAUGAUAGUAGCAUGACUUUCGAUCCAUGCGGUGAGAUCAAGACCAUUAGUGUACACCCGGAUGUGUCCAUGCUAAUUCAGCGCACCGAACAGGGAGAGGGGGAAGAGGAAGAUCCCGGCUUGUUAGAAGAAACGAAACCUCCGAUUCCGGACCCGCUGGAGAGCUUCAUUGCGGAGCAUUACCAGGUUGACGAGGCCAGUGGUAAUCAUGUGUGCGGGUUGUGCAAACAAGAAUUUCCGUACAAGAGUCAGUGCCGGAUGCAUAUUGUGCAAAAGCAUAAUCCGGCCAAACCGUUCAAGUGUGACAUCUGUUUCUGCACGCUCACCAGUCAUCUUCGGCUGGUGAGACACAAGAUUGUCGCGCAUGGUGCAGGUCAGAUCAAACGCGAAGACGUUAUAGAAGCGCAUAACGAUAGUACUGGCGAGAUGACGUACACCUGUCCGAUUUGCCGAAAGGUGUUUAAUUCGUCCGUACGGUUCAAGCGCCACAAAAAUGUGCACGUCGUGCACAAUCGGCCAUUCAAGUGUGAGGUGUGUUUGUACCGGUUCGCCACCAAACCGCAGCUGACGCAGCACGCCAAGGUACAUGAAACGAAACAACAGUCCGGUCUGUCGCCCGGCAGCUCCGAGGUAGGUGAGUUCCCUUGCGACCGUUGUGAGGAAAUAUUCACGGGCAAGCGUGCACUCACGAUGCACCUGAAGAAGGCACACCAGGUGUACCGUGUUGCAGGUGGCGCACGACCAGAUGAACGCGAACGAAGCGAGUACGUGUGUAUCAUCUGCAAGGCAACGUUCGCGCGCGAAACGGUGCUGAAUACGCACAUGAAGAUGCACGAGCUGUUGGCGGCUGAAAAGGAAAAGGAACGGCGACUCGAUCUUGAGCGCAUGGUAAAGCAGGAACUGCAGCAACAGAUACAGCUAAAUAUGCCUCCCCUACCGCCACUAUCGCCAGAAGUGGUUGACCGAUCGGCUUGUGUGCUGGAACCGUUCGCGCUUGGAUUGGUGCCGGUAGCUAAGCCAGGUACAGGUACAGGCACAAACAAUAAUAACAAUACCAGUAUCAACAAUAAUAGUCCACCGACAGUUGGUGGAUCCGGUGGACCAAGUGGUUUAAUGCAGGGCGGUAAACGAAAGGUACCGAUACCACCGCCGACGUCUAGUGAUAUGGCGUACGUGUGUCCAGUCUGUGACAUGGAGUUUGACGAACGCGAUGUGUUGAAGAAACAUCAGAAAGAGCAGCACGCAAGGCUACAGGUUGGCAUCGUGUCGUCGAAGCUUGGUGAACCUACCAGUCCAAACACUGGCUGCAAUCCACAGGCAAAAAUGAUGCCACGAUUUUCCGAUAUGCCGGGAUUGAAAAUGAGGCUAAUGGAUAGUUCUGUACGGCCGAGUAAAAAGCGACUGCUAGCCGAUACGACCGCACUGAACUAUAUUGACGAUGGAGAACCAUUGGAUCAUGAUGAGUCGCUGGACAACGAUGGUCAUAUCACUGCCGGCCUGUUACCCAUCGAUGACAUUCCCUCCAGUACUGAUCGACGGUCCGCAUCUGGUGCCACUGCGACAACCCCUGGCGAAGAACCAUCUCAGUUCCAAUGCGAACUGUGCCAUAAAAAGUUCCCAUACAAUUGUUACUUAACCAUGCAUAUGCGAAAGAACCACGACAAAUCGAAACCGUUCGGCUGUAAAGUGUGCCAUUAUCGUUUCGGGUAUCGGGGAACGCUGCUGCGCCAUCAGCUUAUCCACUCUUCGCAACGUGUCCAACCCGGUAGCCACGGUUCGAUCAUCUUUAAAUGUCGCAUCUGUUCAGCCAAGUUUCUGGAGCUGAAGCAAUUAAAUGUACAUUUGAAAACGCAUCGGAAAGUGGCCGAUGUGCACGAUACAAACCGGCAGGUGCAAUUGAUUCAGUGCGAUGAAUGUCCCCAAAUUUUUAGCGAACCGGCUCAGCUGACCAAACACAUGCUGAAGGAGCAUCAGAAACACGACAGCAGUGAUGAUGAUUUAUACGAUACGGUACAGCAUGCAGGAGUGCUGGUUAAUCCAGCUUCCUCGUCUUUACGAGCCGAUAGCAGUUAUACCGGUGCGUCCACCCUAAACGAUCUCAAACUAAACCCCGAACAGUCAAAAGACGAUGGGACAACCAUUGAAGAAGAAUACCUGGACGAUGAUAUAUCGAUGAUCAAGAUAGAGCCAGUUUACGAUUGA